CCUCCUUUUUACUUUUGCUCAUAAAUUAAAAUCAUGCAAAAGCCUAAAAAAGGGCCUAAACAAUACCAAGAGUCGAAAGGCAAAUUGGAUGGAAGGGAUGUUUUCAUAAAGGAGAUUCCUUUAAAAGACCUUGACGAUGAUUGGAACAAGGGCAUGGAAAUGUUUGAAGACUCUGAUAAAUAUGUCCAUAAGCCCUGCACUACCUUGGUGUACGAUAAUAAAGCCCUCAUUAUCACUAAUCAUUCAGAAAGAUACAGCCUAUUCGACUUUCUCAAGCAUAGAAAGCUAAAGUUUUUAGAGUGUUUGAAGCUGGCUGAACCCAUCAUUUCUGGUUUGAUUUAUCUUCAUUGCCAUAAUCUUGUCUACUGUAGCCUGACGUCUUCAAGUAUUAUCUUGGAUGAGAAUAAUACCCCAAAGUUUCGAGGUGCUGGUUUAAUUAAAGUUGGAUCAAAUCACGCAGCUAGCAAACCAGCUUCUGAAGACGCUUUUCGUUGGAUGGCCCCAGAAGUGCUUAAAGGCGACCCUCCUUCUUUCAAAUCUGACAUAUUUAGUCUUGGAAUCAUCCUAUGGGAAAUAUUAGUCGAUGAAGCCUAUCCGUACAAGGAAGCAAAGGACGCCGCGUUGAUCAAAGAAUGCGUACUUGGAGGCUAUCGCGAUCUCUUUCCACCUGACACGCUGCCUAGUUACAGAAAGCUUAUUGAGAACUGUUGGCAACAUGACCCUAACGACCGUCCAGAUUCAAUUGGAUUACUCGGUUUCAUACAUGCUGUUAAGCACGAUAUGAAGAAGCAAUUAGGAGAAGUAGAAGAAGCAAGCAUACCAAACAUUAUAAAGCAUCCUGGAAAGCUCAAUCACAAGGACCCUGCUGACAACCUUUUUGAUGUCGCCAAAUACUGCUUCAAAAUGGGCGAGUAUGGAAAAGCCAGGACGUGGUACGAAAUGGCUGCAGAGAAAGGAAGUGCCAGUGCUGCAUAUGAGGUUGCACAAAUGUAUAUGUAUGGAAUCGGUGUGGAGCAGGACUACGACGAAGCAAAGAAGCGUUAUGAAACUGCCGCCAGUAUAGGAUCUGUUGAUGCUGUAUACGCUAUUGGCCUGAUGUAUAAUUACGACUGUGGUGUAGAGCAAAACUAUCAAAAGGCUAUAGAAUAUUACCAACAAGCCGGUAAUAAGGGUAGUGCAAUGGCUCUGUACAGAAUAGCCGAGAUUUAUUUCUAUGGCGAUGGUGUAGAGAGGGAUGAUCAAAAAACUCUAGAGUAUUUAAACAGGGCUUCUAAGAUGGGCCUACCUUGUGCUAUAGAGCUGACUGGCUAUAUGUAUGCUUACGGACGCGGUGUAGAGCAAAACGAUUCAAAAGCUCUGAGCUGUUACUACAAAGCCGCUAGGGAAGGCUGUGCUUGGGGCAUGAUAAGCUUGGGAAACAUGUACUACGACGGCACUUUUGUUUGUCAAGACUAUGAAGAAGCAAUGGAAUGGUACCAAAAAGCCAUUGACAAAUCUAAAUCAAAUGAUUUAUGUAAGAUACACAAAGAAUACAAGCUCAUAGUAGGUCCUGAUAAGCAUUAUAUGAAUGCGCUUCAUGGCUAUGAGAAAGCCAGAAGAAAAAAUUCAGCCAUGAACCAUAAAUGAACUACUGAUAUCAAUGAAAUAAAGUGAUAAUACCAUAUUUUCUUGCUUGAAAAGUAAUACGAUAGGUGCUUAUUAUCAUUGCGUGAAGUAAUCACCGUGCUAUAUAGUAAUUUGCUAAAGCCACGCCAC